UAUAUUUUUUUUCCCCCAGAAUAAGUCUUUGGCUUCUAAUUGGUUCUAAUUUAGAAAGGGAACGUAGAGGGGGAAGGGUUUCAAUCUCUGUAAGACCGAAUCGAUCUCUCUUGUGUAUCUGAAAUCAGAGUUAUCCAUCUCUUCUUCAUGGUGUUCUUCCUGUAAGGAGUCCUUGAAAGCAACGAUUGAGAGUGUAUUUCACUGACUGGUAAGUCGGUCAUCUUCAUCUUCAUCUUUGGUUUUGGUUUUUUUUCCCCCUCAUAUUUGUGUAGAUUCAUAGAUUGCUUCUUCCUCUCCCUACCUUAUUUUAUAUGAAAAUUAUUUGAUUUUGAUUUUUUCAGAUAUUCCCCAAAUUUAUAAUAAGGGAUUUCGAAUAUGAGUUCCAUUGUUUCGAAUCUAAUUCAAAACCAUGAAGCAGAUAAAAAAAAAAUCGACUUGAAAGUUCUCUCUCUCUCUCUCUCUCUCUCUCUCUCUCUCUCUCUCUCUCUCUCUCUCUCUAUGAAGCUAGGGUUUCGAAGCCACCACAGUCAAGAGGUGUUGAUUGAACGAAGCAAUUUGAACGGCUUUUCCAGUUUGCUUGAAGAAUUGAGGAUUUGAUGUACACUAUCACCCAAGAAGAGAUCCCAUUCCAGCUUGGAUUGUCAAAAUUGGAUCUACGGAAGGUGGUGAAAUCCAGUUUAUCUGGGGUUGACAAGUCCAUCACUGCGAUGUAUAAGAAAUUGCAAAAGAACCUAACCUCAGAGGAGGUAUUGCCUUCUUUGUGGGAUAAGUGCAAGACAAGAAAUGCAAUAGGAUUAGUUGCUCCAGCUAUUGACGCGGGUUUAGGUGACACAUACAUUGGGCACCCUCGUCCCUGUGAUAGGAGCAAGUGGAUUUGCUACAGCUGCAACUGCAACUGCAACUACUAUAGGAACUAUUGUCGGUAGUUUUAGAUAAUCUCUUAAUAGUUGUCGCUAUGUUUAGAAAGUUAGAUAUGCAUAGUUUUGGAUGGUUUAAAUUUUUUUGUGCAGUUUAGAACUUAAGGAUAUAGUUUUCGAAUGUUUGGAA